AUGGAAGCUGAAGGCGCAUUCACACCUAGCGGAGCUUCCUGGAGAAAGCUUGAUGGUGAAUUAUUAGCCGGGAUUCCUGCUGUCGGAAAUGAAGCACUGCCUUCUGACCCCAUGAUAUGUCUUCCACUGAACAAGCUGAUCAUUGUUCUCCAGCGCCAAAUCUCCAAAUUGCCUCAUGUCGAGAUAUCAUAUUCGCAUAAAGUCAUUGGGGUAGGCCAGGAUAAAGAACGGGCGUGGGUAGAGGUAGAAACACCUAGCGGCCCACAGGAACUGGAGGCGCAAUACAUUGUCGGAUGCGACGGGGCAAACAGCCAGAUCCGCCGUUCUUUAUUUGGAGAUUGGGAAUUCCCUGGUUAUACUUGGGAACAGCAGGUUGUUGCUACUAAUACAUACUACCCAUUUGAAAAACACGGAUUUGAUUGGGAUUCCAAUUUUAUCAUUCACCCGGAGCACUGGUAUAUGGCUGCGCGUAUCACGAAGGAUGGACUAUGGCGCGUCACAUAUGGAGAAGUACCAGGCUUAAGCUUUGAUGAGCUCAAGGCCAGACAGCCGGCAAAGUUCAAGGCUUGCUUGCCAGGCAAUCCAGAUCCCAAUGAUUACACAAUCGUUAAUUUCAGUCCUUACAAGGUGCACCAACGCCUUGCUAAGAAAAUGAGGGUCGGGCGGUGUCUAUUGGCUGCUGAUGCAGCACAUUUAUGCAACCCCUUCGGAGGGUUGGGAUUGACGGGCGGGAUCGUGGAUGUUGGGGGGCUUUCUGAUUGUCUAGAAGGUAUACACUCUGGACAGGCUGGGGAUAGCAUCUUGGACGUAUAUGACACUGUUCGCCGGGCGAAGUACAACGAAGUCGUGAAUCCGGUAUCCACCGGUAACAUUCGACUUUUGUUUGAGCAAAAUCCGGAGACAGCUCUUGAUGAGAACGAAUUUUUGAAGACAUGCAAGAAAGCGGAGAUGGACCCCGAAGUCGGUGCUGCACAGAGGAAAGCGGCGAAUGCGCUUCAAUAUGACUUCCGGCAACACUACCAAAAACGAAAGUUUCCAUGA